AUGCUAUCCAAAGUAGACAAUAUCCUUCGUGUAAUCAAUGCGAUCUUUCUAGUGCUAACAAUGGCAUUUAUUUCAGCACUUUUAAACACACAAAGAAACAACAGUUCAAGAAUUAAUUUCUGUAUGUUUGCUGCUGCCUUUGGUCUAUUAACAGAUUCAUUCUUUGGUGUUGCCUUCAACAUGUUCGAUGCCCUAGCUUCAUGGCCAAUAUUAUUAUUCAUUUUCGAUUUCUUAAAUUUCGUAUUCACAUUCACAGCAGGUACUGUCCUUGCUGUGGCUAUCAGAGCUCAUUCAUGUAAAAACGAACGUUAUGUUAAUAGCAAUUCAAUCACUCAAGGUUCAGAAAAUAGAUGUAGAAUGUCACAAGCUGCAGUUGCAUUCUUUUAUUUCUCAUGUUUCAUAUUUUUAGCUAAAAUGAUCAUGUCAGGAAUUAAUAUGGCUAGUAAUGGGUUGUUUGGAUCUGGUACUUGGGCUGGUUCAAGAAGUAAAAGAAGAACUAAUAGAAGUGGUGCUAAUGAAGUUGGUGUACCAACCAUUUCUCAAGUUUAA